AUGAAGAAGUUGACGGGUCUCCCGCCACCCAACUACACCUGUUAUCGCUGUGGCAAGAAUGGACACCACAUCAGGAACUGUCCUACUAACGGGGUAAGAGGACACAUCCUUGGAGCAACCCAGUAAAUGUGUGUGUUAUCGCUGACCAGAGCAACCCAGUAAAUGUGUGUGUAAUCGCUGACCAGAGCAACCCAGUAAAUGUGUGUGUAAUCGCUGACCAGAGCAACCCAGUAAAUGGUGUGUUUUAUAGCUGACCAGAGAAACCCAGUAAAUGUGUGUGUUUUAUCGCUGACCAGAGCAACCCAGUAAAUGUGUGUGUGAUCGCUGACCAGAGCAACCCAGUAAAUGUGUGUUUUAUCGCUGACCAGAGAAACCCAGUAAAUGUGUGUUUUAUCGCUGACCAGAGAAACCCAGUAAAUGUGUGUUUUAUCGCUGACCAGAGCAACCCAGUAAAUGUGUGUUAUCGCUGACCAGAGCAACCCAGUAAAUGUGUGUUAUCGCUGACCAGAGCAACCCAGUAAAUGUGUGUGUUAUCGCUGACCAGAGCAACCCAGUAAAUGUGUGUUUUAUCGCUGACCAGAGAAACCCAGUAAAUGUGUGUGUUAUCGCUGACCAGAGAAACCCAGUAAAUGUGUGUGUUUUAUAGCUGACCAGAGCAACCCAGUAAAUGUGUGUGUUAUCGCUGACCAGAGAAACCCAGUAAAUGUGUGUGUUUUAUAGCUGACCAGAGCAACCCAGUAAAUGUGUGUGUUAUCGCUGACCAGAGCAACCCAGUAAAUGUGUGUGUGAUCGCUGACCAGAGCAACCCAGUAAAUGUGUGUGUGUGUGUGUGUUAGAAGGACAAAGGGUUUGAGCCGCCCCAGAGGAUUAAGAAGAGCACCGGCAUCCCUCGCUCCUUCAUGACGGAGGUGGACGACCCGUCUAUAAAGGGAGCCAUGCUGACCAACACUGGCCGCUACGCCAUCCCUACUAUAGAUGCGUGAGUUGACCUCCGACCCCUGACCUAUAACCCCUGACACCGGUGCCUUCCUAAUUGAGAAUGAAUAAAGUAUCACCAAUCAAAGGUUGUUUAAAAUAUUCUGAUUUAACGGCUUAACAGCAGCUUUACGCAAGACCUCAGACACAAGCUUUAGAAAGGGUUUCAGUUUACUUGGCUGUAACUCCUGACCUUUAACCUCUAAACCUGUGAACCUGUGUCCUGCUCCUCUCCUCCACAGUGAGGCCUACGCUGUAGGUAAGAAGGAGAAGCCUCCGUUCGUCCCCAGAGACAAGUCCAGUUCAGAGGAGGACGAGGAUCCUAUUCCUGAUGAGCUCCUCUGUCUGCUCUGUAAAGACCUGAUGACUGAUGCUGUGGUCAUACCCUGCUGCGGAAACUCCUACUGCGACGACUGUGAGUUUAACGCUCACACACACCCGGAAAGACCUGAUGACUGAUGGCGUCUCCUCUCCUCAGGUCUCCCUGAUGACUGAUGCCGUCUCCCUGAUGACUGAUGCCGUCUCCUCUCCUCAGGUCUCCCUGAUGACUGAUGCCGUCUCCCUGAUGACUGAUGCCGUCUCCUCUCCUCAGGUCUCCCUGAUGACUGAUGCCGUCUCCCUGAUGACUGAUGCCGUCUCCUCUCCUCAGGUCUCCCCGAUGACUGAUGGCGUCUCCUCUCCUCAGGUCUCCCUGAUGCCGUCUCCUCUCCUCAGGUCUCCCCGAUGACUGAUGGCGUCUCCUCUCCUCAGGUCUCCCUGUUGACUGAUGCCGUCUCCUCUCCUCAGGUCUCCCUGAUGACUGAUGCUGUCUCCUCUCCUCAGGUCUCCCUGAUGACUGAUGCUGUCUCCUCUCCUCAGGUCUCCCUGUUGACUGAUGCUGUCUCCUCUCCUCAGGUCUCCCUGAUGACUGAUGCUGUCUCCUCUCCUCAGGUCUCCCUGAUGACUGAUGCCGUCUCCUCUCCUCAGGUCUCCCUGAUGACUGAUGCCGUCUCCUCAGGUCUCCCUGAUGACUGAUGCUGUCUCCUCUCCUCAGGUCUCCCUGAUGACUGAUGGCGUCUCCCUGAUGACUGAUGCUGUCUCCUCUCCUCAGGUCUCCCUGAUGACUGAUGCUGUCUCCUCUCCUCAGGUCUCCCUGAUGACUGAUGCUGUCUCCUCUCCUCAGGUCUCCCUGAUGACUGAUGCUGUCUCCUCUCCUCAGGUCUCCCUGAUGCUGUCUCCUCUCCUCAGGUCUCCCCUGAUGACUGAUGCUGUCUCCUCUCCUCAGGUCUCCCCUGAUGACUGAUGCUGUCUCCUCUCCUCAGGUCUCCCCUGAUGACUGAUGCUGUCUCCUCUCCUCAGGUCUCCCUGAUGACUGAUGCUGUCUCCUCUCCUCAGGUCUCCCCUGAUGACUGAUGCUGUCUCCUCUCCUCAGGUCUCCCUGAUGCUGUCUCCUCUCCUCAGGUCUCCCUGAUGACUGAUGCUGUCUCCUCUCCUCAGGUCUCCCUGAUGACUGAUGCUGUCUCCUCUCCUCAGGUCUCCCUGAUGACUGAUGCUGUCUCCUCUCCUCAGGUCUCCCCUGAUGACUGAUGCUGUCUCCUCUCCUCAGGUCUCCCCUGAUGACUGAUGCUGUCUCCUCUCCUCAGCCUCCCCUGAUGACUGAUGCUGUCUCCUCUCCUCAGGUAUCCGUACGUCUCUGCUGGAGUCAGAGGAACAUGUGUGUCCCACCUGUAGCCAAUCGGAUGUCUCCCCUGACGCCCUCAUAGCCAAUAAGUUCCUGCGCCAGGUAAAUCUCUCUCAGGCUCCGCCUACUCAACCCUGGGCUUUAUUUAGUGAGGUUAACGUGUAUGAAAUCUGUUCUACAGUAUACAGUGGCCUUCGGAAAGUAUUCAGACCCCUUGACUUUUUCCACAUUUUGUUACAUUGCAGCCUUAUUCCACAUCAGUCUACAAACAAUACCCCAUAAUGACGAAGCAAAAACUGGCUUUUGGAAAUGUUGUCCUUCUGGAAGGUUCUCCCAUCUCCACAGAGGAACUCUGGAGCUCUGUCAGAGUGACCAUCGGGUUCUUGGUCACCUCCCUGACCAAGGCCUUUCUCCCCCGAUUGGUCAGUUUGGCCGGGCGGCCAGCUCUAGGAAGAGUCUUGGUGGUUCCAAACUUCUUCCAUUUAAGAAUGAUGGAGGCCACUGUGUUCUUGGUGACCUUCAAUGCUGCAGACAUUUUUUGGUGCCCUUCCCCAGAUCUGUGCCUCGACACAAUCCGGUCUCGGAGCUCUACGGACAAUUCCUUCGACCUCAUGGCUUGGUUUUUGCUCUGACGUGCACUGUCAACUGUGGGACCUUAUAUAGACAGGUGCGUGCCUUUCCAAAUCAUGUCCAAUCAAUUGAAUUUACCACAGGUGGACUCCAAUCAAGUUGUAGAAACAUCUCAAGGAUGAUCAAUGGGGAACAGAAUGCACCUGAGCUCAAUUUCAAGUCUCAUAGCAAAGGGGCUGAAUACUUACGUAUUUUUAAUACAUUUGCAAACAGUUCUAAAAAACCUGUUUUCACUUUGUCAUUAUGGGGUAUUGUGUGUAGAUUGAUGAUGAUCAUUUAAUCAAUUUUAGAAUAAGGCUGUAACGUAACAAAAUGUGGAAAAAGUCAAGGGGUCUGAAUACUUUCCGAAUGCACUGUAUAUUCAUUACUACAGACUGUUCAUGUAACAUACUGUAUAAAUAUGUUGAAUUCAUUACUACAUUACCGUUCAUGUAACAUACUGUAUAAAUAUGUUGAAUUCAUUACUACAUUACUGUUUAUGUAACAUACUGUAUAAAUAUGUUGAAUUCAUUACUACAUUACUGUUCAUGUAACCUACUGUAUAAAUAUGUUGAAUUCAUUACUACAUUACUGUUCAUGUAACAUACUGUAUAAAUAUGUUGAAUUCAUUACUACAUUACUGUUCAUGUAACCUACUGUAUAAGUAUGUUGAAUUCAUUACUACAUUACUGUUCAUGUAACAUACUGCAUAAAUAUGUUGAAUUCAUUACUACAUUACCGUUCAUGUAACAUACUGUAUAAAUAUGUUGAAUUCAUUACUACAUUACCGUUCAUGUAACAUACUGUAUAAAUAUGUUGAAUUCAUUACUACAUUACUGUUCAUGUAACCUACUGUAUAAAUAUGUUGAAUUCAUUACUACAUUACUGUAUAAAUAUGUUGAAUUCAUUACUACAUUACUGUUCGUGUAACAUACUGUAUAAAUAUGUUGAAUUCAUUACUACAUUACUGUUCGUGUAACAUACUGUAUAAAUAUGUUGAAUUCAUUACUACAUUACUGUCCAUGUAACAUACUGUAUAAAUAUGUUGAAUUCAUUACUACAUUACCGUUCAUGUAACAUACUGUAUAAAUAUGUUGAAUUCAUUACUACAUUACCGUUCAUGUAACAUACUGUAUAAAUAUGUUGAAUUCAUUACUACAUUACCAUUCAUGUGACAUACUGUAUAAAUAUGUUGAAUUCAUUACUACAUUACUGUUCGUGUAACCUACUGUAUAAAUAUGUUGAAUUCAUUACUACAUUACUGUAUAAAUAUGUUGAAUUCAUUACUACAUUACUGUUCGUGUAACAUACUGUAUAAAUAUGUUGAAUUCAUUACUACAUUACUGUUCAUGUAACCUACUGUAUAAGUAUGUUGAAUUCAUUACUACAUUACUGUUCAUGUAACAUACUGCAUAAAUAUGUUGAAUUCAUUACUACAUUACUGUUCAUGUAACAUACUGUAUAAAUAUGUUGAAUUCAUUACUACAUUACCGUUCAUGUGACAUACUGUAUAAAUAUGUUGAAUUCAUUACUACAUUACCGUUCAUGUAACAUACUGUAUAAAUAUGUUGAAUUCAUUACUACAUUACUGUUCAUGUAACCUACUGUAUAAAUAUGUUGAAUUCAUUACUACAUUACUGUAUAAAUAUGUUGAAUUCAUUACUACAUUACUGUUCGUGUAACAUACUGUAUAAAUAUGUUGAAUUCAUUACUACAUUACUGUUCGUGUAACAUACUGUAUAAAUAUGUUGAAUACAUUACUGUCCAUGUAACAUACUGUAUAAAUAUGUUGAAUUCAUUACUACAUUACCGUUCAUGUAACAUACUGUAUAAAUAUGUUGAAUUCAUUACUACAUUACCGUUCAUGUAACAUACUGUAUAAAUAUGUUGAAUUCAUUACUACAUUACCAUUCAUGUGACAUACUGUAUAAAUAUGUUGAAUUCAUUACUACAUUACUGUUCGUGUAACCUACUGUAUAAAUAUGUUGAAUUCAUUACUACAUUACCGUUCAUGUAACAUACUGUAUAUAUAUGUUGAAUUCCUCUCCUCUCCACCCAGGCGGUAAAUAACUUCAAGAAUGAGACGGGUUACACCAAACGCAUGACGGGAGUAGCCCAGCCUCCCUUUGUUCCCAACCCCGCCCCUCCUCUUCAGCCUCAGUCCCGCCCCCAGUGCCCUCUCCAGCCUAUCAGGAGCCAGCAAGACCCUCUCAUGCCCCGCCCUCCAGCCUUAGACACGCCACCAUUGGCUCAGCAGCAGCAGCAGCAGGUUGCCACGCCCCUCAGGUAAAGAUACAUGGAGUUCUCACUAGUGUCCUGGCAAAAAAAGACCAAAUGCACAACAACCAACCAAGUUGCCUGGGUGACGUAUUCCUCACACAUUUAUGAUGUUAUUUUUACCCCUAGGGUCGGGAACCAGAAUAACUCCUCCCGCGUGGCUGCUGGCUCCUCCUAUAACUCAGCGGGCCCCUCCCCUCAGCACCCAACCAAUCACAACAACACGCUCAUGCCAAAGUAAGAUUCUCUCUCUCCUCUCUCUCUCUCUGUUUCUCUUUCUCUCUCUCUCGUAGACACAGUCAUGUGUCCUGGGCCAGUGAAUCCGAGCUGUCUGUAAAGUUUGGGACGUUUUUAGGUAAUGAUGAUACAUGUUUUUUUUUCCAGAGAGCCAGAGAGUGGUGGGGGUGCUCAGCCUGUGGUGGUCACAGCCGACCCCCCUCUAUCCACUCCCCUCAUGGCCAAGGUGAACACACACACACACACACACACCUUCAAAUGUAUCUGUCGUUCAUUGUCAAUUCAGAUAAAGGCUCCGUAUUGUUGUUGAUACAAAGUUCUGUUUGCGUGUUGUCCGCAGGGCUACCGUGUCCCAGUGCCGGGCCAACACCGGUCUGUCAGUCACACCCUGCAGAGGACAGGUAACACCAACCGCUGCCAAACCCCAGAGACACCUUCCUCUUACAACCGACACUGUAGUAUUUAAAAGUGCUGUUUUCCUCCUAACCGACAGGUCCUCCACCCAGGUCCAACCCCACUAGACCCUCUGAAGGACCACCCCAUUGGGACAGGUACAGGUGUGUUCUCGUGGCUGUGUUCCUUGCCUCUGUUUAUAUGAAGUUCCAACAUUUUCGACAAAUGCUAUUACCCGGUUCACACCUGACUGAUGACGUCACGUCCCUCUCUUCCUGUCUCUCUCCAGCCCCUCCGGUCGUGGCAGGAACCAUAGCGACCGCGCCCCUCCCUCCCAGCCCCCUCCCUCCAACGUGCCACCCCCUCUCUACACCCCUCCCUCCCUUUUCUCUUCCCCGCUCCCCCAUCCCCCGGGUGUCAUGCCCCCCCACUACCCCCCUCCCCACUUCCCCCCGGGUCAACAGCCCCCAUCCAGCUACUCCCUGCCCCCACCUGGCUACCCCCCCGACCCCAGGAGUCACCAACCCUCCCUGGGCGCCCCCCAACACCCAGCCCCCCCUCACCGGCAAGCCCAUCCCCUCCCCCUCCUCCUCCUCCUCCUCCUUCCUCUCCAAGGAUGAGUUCUACAGACAACAGAAGAGGCUGAAGGACAAGUGAGUGGACUGACUGUCAUUCUUACUGUGGAGUAGGUAGUCUUCCUCUGUUCUGAUGGACUGACUGUCAUUCUUACUGUUGAGUAGGUAGUCUUCCUCUGUUCUGAUGGACUGACUGUCAUUCUUACUGUUGAGUAGGUAGUCUUCCUCUGUUCUGAUGGACUGACUGUCAUUCUUACUGUGGAGUAGGUAGUCUUCCUCUGUUCUGAUGGACUGACUGUCAUUCUUACUGUUGAGUAGGUAGUCUUCCUCUGUUCUGAUGGACUGACUGUCAUUCUUACUGUUGAGUAGGUAGUCUUCCUCUGUUCUGAUGGACUGACUGUCAUUCUUACUGUUGAGUAGGUAGUCUUCCUCUGUUCUGAUGGACUGACUGUCCAUUCUUACUGUUGAGUAGGUAGUCUUCCUCUGUUCUGAUGGACUGACUGUCAUUCUUACUGUUGAGUAGGUAGUCUUCCUCUGUUCUGAUGGACUGACUGUCAUUCUUACUGUUGAGUAGGUAGUCUUCCUCUGUUCUGAUGGACUGACUGUCAUUCUUACUGUUGAGUAGGUAGUCUUCCUCUGUUCUGAUGUACUGACUGUCAUUCUUACUGUGGAGUAGGUAGUCUUCCUCUGUUCUGAUGGACUGACUGUCAUUCUUACUGUUGAGUAGGUAGUCUUCCUCUGUUCUGAUGUACUGACUGUCAUUCUUACUGUGGAGUAGGUAGUCUUCCUCUGUUCUGAUGGGACUGACUGUCAUUCUUACUGUUGAGUAGGUUAGUCUUCUUCUGUUCUGAUGGACUGACUGUCAUUCUUACUGUUGAGUAGGUAGUCUUCCUCUGUUCCGAUGGACUGACUGUCAUUCUUACUGUGGAGUAGGUAGUCUUCCUCUGUUCUGAUGGACUGACUGUCAUUCUUACUGUGGAGUAGGUAGUCUUCCUCUGUUCUGAUGGACUGACUGUCAUUCUUACUGUUGAGUAGGUAGUCUUCCUCUGUUCCGAUGGACUGACUGUCAUUCUUACUGUUGAGUAGGUAGUCUUCCUCUGUUCUGAUUCCUAACCAAUCAAUGACAUUUAAUUGAUCAAUCAAGUACAAGGUAGGAGUGAAAACUCAACACUCUGCCCCGUCAAUGGAAUGAGUUUGCCGCCUGUGUGUUCUGACAUUCUCCUCCGCUAACAUGUAUUGUGUGAGCGACUAAAGUCUCAGGCCAAAGUGUGGUUCACAGAACUACUUCUCUUUCAAUCGCUCUAGUUUAUUAUUUUAACUGUGACGGGAGACGUUGACCCCGCUCGUUAAACUGAGCAGUGUUUUCUUCUCUCUCCUCCUGCCUCACUCUUCAUACUGUUAUCAAAAAUAUCGUCCCUCUCGCCUCCUGUCCUCCCCCAGCUCCCACUGUCGCUAUGGUAACCGGGAAAAGUCCAAGCUGGAUGAGUUCACGAACGACUUUGCCAAGGAGCUGCUGGAGUACAGAAAGAUCCAGAAGGAGAGGAGACGCUCUUACUCCAGGUAUAAUAUUCAAUACUCAUACAAUACAGAAAGAUCCAGAAGGAGAGACAACGCCCUUACUCCAGGUAUAAUACUCAAUACUCAUACAAUACAGAAAGAUCCAGAAGGAGAGACAACGCCCUUACUCCAGGUAUAAUACUCAAUACUCAUACAAUACAGAAAGAUCCAGAAGGAGAGACAACGCCCUUACUCCAGGUAUAAUACUCAAUACUCAUACAAUACAGAAAGAUCCAGAAGGAGAGGAGGCGCUCUUACUCCAGGUAUAAUACUCAUACAAUACAGAAAGAUCCAGAAGGAGAGACAACGCCCUUACUCCAGGUAUAAUACUCAAUACUCAUACAAUACAGAAAGAUCCAGAAGGAGAGGAGACGCCCUUACUCCAGGUAUAAUACUCAAUACUCAUACAAUACAGAAAGAUCCAGAAGGAGAGGAGGCGCUCUUACUCCAGGUAUAAUACUCAAUACUCAUACAAUACAGAAAGAUCCAGAAGGAGAGACAACGCCCUUACUCCAGGUAUAAUACUCAAUACUCAUACAAUACAGAAAGAUCCAGAAGGAGAGGAGGCGCUCUUACUCCAGGUAUAAUACUCAUACAAUACAGAAAGAUCCAGAAGGAGAGACAACGCCCUUACUCCAGGUAUAAUACUCAAUACUCAUACAAUACAGAAAGAUCCAGAAGGAGAGGAGGCGCUCUUACUCCAGGUAUAAUACUCAUACAAUACAGAAAGAUCCAGAAGGAGAGACAACGCCCUUACUCCAGGUAUAAUACUCAAUACUCAUACAAUACAGAAAGAUCCAGAAGGAGAGACAACGCCCUUACUCCAGGUAUAAUACUCAAUACUCAUACAAUACAGAAAGAUCCAGAAGGAGAGGAGACGCCCUUACUCCAGGUAUAAUACUCAAUACUCAUACAAUACAGAAAGAUCCAGAAGGAGAGACAACGCCCUUACUCCAGGUAUAAUACUCAAUACUCAUACAAUACAGAAAGAUCCAGAAGGAGAGGAGACGCCCUUACUCCAGGUAUAAUACUCAUACAAUAUUCACAUAAUACUCAUAACUGUAAUACAACACUCAUAUAAUAGUAUUCUAUACUCACAUAAUAGUAUUCUAUACUCACAUAAUAUUAUUGUAUACUGCUUACACUUAAUCUUUCCCUCUCUCUUUCUCUCUCUCCCUCUCCAUCUGUCCUUUCUCUCUCUCCCUCUCCAUCUGUCCUUUCUCUCUCUCCCUCUCCAUCUGUCCUUUCUCUCCUCCCUCUCCAUCUGUCCUUUCUCUCUCUCCCUCUCCAUCUGUCCCUUUCUCUCUCUCCCUCUCCAUCUGUCCUUUCUCUCUCCUCUCUCUUUCCUUCCUCUCUCCCUCUUCAAGCUGUCCUUUCUCCCUCUCCCUCUCCAUCUGUCCAUUUCUCUCUCUCCCUCUCCAUCUGUCCCUUUCUUUCUCCCUCUCCAUCUGUCCUUUCUCCCUCUCCCUCUCCAUCUGUCCUUCUCUUCCAUCUGUCUUCUCUCUCUCCUCUCCAUCUGUCCUUCUCUUUCUCCCUCUCCAUCUGUCCUUUCUCUCUCUCCCUCUCCAUUGUCCAUCCUUUCUCCCUCUCCAUCUGUCCUUUCUCUCUCUCCCUCUUCCAUCCCUCUCCCUGUCCUUUCUCCUCUCCCUCACCAUCUGUCCAUUUCUCUCUCUCCCUCUCCAUCUGUCCAUUUCUCUCUCUCUCCUCUCCAUCUGUCCAUUUCUCUCUCCCUCUCCAUCUGUCCAUUUCUCUCUCUCUCCCUCUCCAUCUGUCCAUUUCUCUCUCUCUCCCUCUCCAUUUCGUCCAUCUCUCUCCCUCUCCAUCUGCCCAUUUCUCUCUCUCUCCCUCUGUCCUUUCUCUCUCUCCCCAGGUCUAGGUCGUCCUACAGUAGCUCUUCCUACUCCAAAUCCCGUUCCCGUUCUCGUUCAUACUCCCGUUCCUCCAGUCGUUCCAGAUCCCGUUCCAGAUCCCGUUCCAGGUCUUACUCCCGCUCCUCCCCUUACUCCCGCCGCCACGGACGACCUCGCGGCUACCGCUCCCGCUCCCGUUCCCGCGGCUACCGCCGAUCACGCUCGCCACCGCCUUACCGGGGCCGAGAUGUGGCGGGACGGGGGAGAGGACGGGGACGAGGAGGGGGGUACCGGUCACGCUCCAGAUCACCAGGCCAAGGGGGUUACCGGACCCACACACCUCCACCCCCAAGCUCCAGGAAGCCUGCCGCUGCUGGGCCGCCGCCUGAGGGAGAGAGGAAAUACCCGGGCCGGACCGGAGGAGAGGGAUCGGGAGAGGGAGCCGGCGGUGUACGGCCGAGGCCCAGACCACAACGACCCGUACGAGAGGGAGAGGUACCGGGAGUGGGAGAGGGAAUACAGGGAGUGGUACGAGAAAUACUUCAAAAACUACAGCUCCCACAACCCCCUUCCCAAUACCCCCCCUCCCUACAGGGGCCGAUCGGCGCUUAGCUCCACCCCUGCCCCUGUGCCACCCCCAGCCGGACGAAACAGAGACCCCCACAGCCCUCCUCCCCCCUCUGACUUCUACCCCUCCCCUCGACACCGCCUGGACCGUGAAUCCUCCCCCUUCAGCCGAGGGAGGAGGCGAGGUGAGGACUAUCCCCCUCCCCCCUCACACCCCUCCCCCAGGGGCAGGAACCAGCCAAUGACUUACCAGGAGAAGUGUGCUGAGCAGUUUGGACAUCUGCCGCUGGCCCGGCCAGCCAAUCAGGAUCCUCAGAUGCCACUGAAGGUCGCUAAGGGUGACGGAGGUCCGUCGUCGAGCAUCGCCGGUGCCACGGUCACUGUGACCUCCGACCUGAAAGAGCAGAAGCACAGGAAGAGGAAGAGGAGGAAGACUGAGGAGGGGAGAGGGGGAGGAGAGUCCUCGUACUCCAGUGCGUCUGACUCUACGGACGACGCUCGGAAAGAAGAGAAGAAGAGAACCAGGAGGACUCCCGUUGGCUCGUCAAGCCACGAUGACUCCACCCCCGUACGGGACGAGCCAAUGGACAGCGACGCCUCAGACGUAGUCCCGGACAAAGCUGAUAGGUGGACCGGGGACAGUAAGGGGGAGGUAGAGGGGAGAAGAGGAGGGUCCAAACGCAGACCGGACUUCAGCACAGCUAGGAAAGACUCACCGUCCAAGAGCUGGAAGACCGCCAGAGAGCGAGACGCAGAGACAGACCGGGACGAGACUGGGACAGACCGGGAAAAGAUCACCCCAGCCAGUAGAGACCGGGACAAGAUCACCCCAGCCAGUAGAGACCGGGACAAGAUCACCCCAGCCAGUAGAGACCGGGACAAGAUCACCCCAGCCGGAACAGACCGGGACAAGACCACCCAAGCCGGUACAGACCGGGACAAGACUACCCCAGCCGGUACAGACCGGGGCAAGACCACCCCAGCCGGUACAGACCGGGGCAAGACCACCCCAGCCGGUACAGACCGGGACAAGACCACCCCAGCCGGUACAGACCGGGACAAGACCACCCCAGUCGGGACAGACCGGGGCAAGACCACCCCAGCCGGUACAGACCGGGGCAAGACCACCCCAGCUGGUACAGACUACCAGGAGACCUCUCUAACAGAACCGUCAGUCAAACGGGUCAAAGAUGAAUUUACUCCCCUCCAACCAGACUCUUCCAAACCCACCUCCCCCCCAACCCCCUGCACCCCUAACAUCAGCUCCCAAACUACCACCUCCUAAACCCGACCCAGACCAGGUCAAGCCGGUUAGAAUCGACCCAGACCCAUUCAAACCGGUUAGAACUGACCCAAACCAGUUUAAACCUGUCAGAACCAACCCAGACCAAUUCAAUACAGUUAAAACCGACCCAGACCAGUUUAAACCGGUUAGAACUGACCCGGACCAGUUGAAACCGUUCAGAACCGACCUGGACCAUUCCAGACCAGCCAAGGAGGAGCAGAGAGGGAAGCGAGAUCCAGAGGUUCGGCAGGACAGGGGCUCAGGGAGAGAGGACAAGCCCAGGAGAGAGGCUGACAGGCUGGGUAGAGAACAGGAGAGAGCCCCUGGCAAAGCUCCAGACACCAAGCCUGAGAAGAAGAGGAGGAGGAGGGGGAAGGAGGAGGAGGAGGAGGAGAGGAAGGCGAGAAAGGAGGAGAGGAGUACGUCUGAUAAGGAGAUGGAGGUGCCCCAAAUCAAAUCUCCCAGAGUGGAGCUCACCGAGACCCCAAAACCCUGCAACCCCAAACGUGACGUAGAGAAGGAGAUGGAGAGGGGUUCCAUAAGGCCUCUGAUGGAGGGAGAGCCUCAGAGGAAGACCAAGAACAACAACAGAGGAGGAGGAGAGGAGGAGGGAGGCUGGCUGGGGCUGGUGUGGUUGUGGGCGUGGCCGGAACAGAGGCAGCCAAUCAGAGCGGCUAUAUGAAGGGAAGCGUGGAGAGGAGCAGAGCCAAGAGGGGCUGUAAGGGCCUGGCGCCCGACGGAUCAGGAGCCGUAGUGGAUUACACCAGGUGAGACUGGCUGUCUGGGGAACUGACCGUGCCAUCUAAUAACAGCGGUGUGUCUCUAAUAAUAAUGACUGUCUACCUUAAGUGGAAUGAAUGGAAGUCUCUCUGGAUAAGAGUGUCAAUGUUAAGUCAUAACACGUGAUAAAGUCCUACUCUGAAAUACUGUAUGUGUUGUGUAAAGCAGCACCAGUCCCCCAGGGGGCAGUAGUCCUGUGUGUGGUGGAGCAGAGGGCAGAGCAGAGCACAGGAAGACUGUCGUUAAAACGCUGGAGGAAUACACCAACGACAGCUCCGCACCUGCUGACGACCAGAUAGUACUCGUACAGGUCAGAGACACACAGCUCUACACCUGUUAGACCAGAUAGUACUCAUACAGGUCAGACACACAGCUCUACACCUGUUAGACCAGAUAGUACUCAUACAGGUCAGACACAGCUCUACACCUGUUAGACCAGAUAGUACUCGUACAGGUCAGACAACACAGCUCUACACCUGUUAGACCAGAUAGUACUCAUACAGGUCAGACACACCAGCUCUACACCUGUUAGACCAGAUAGUACUCAUACAGGUCAGACACACAGCUCUACACCUGUUAGACCAGAUAGUACUCAUACAGGUCAGACACACAGCUCUACACCUGUUAGACCAGAUAGUACUCAUACAGGUCAGACACACACAGCUCUACACCUGUUAGACCAGAUAGUACUCAUACAGGUGACACACAAGCUCUACCCUUUUAGAACCAGUAUACUACUUAACAACACAAUUCACCGUUAGACCAAUGUCUCAUACGGUCCCCAUCAGCUCCACCCUUUAGACCAAUAGUACUCUACAGGUUAACACAUCUACACCUGUUAGACCAGAUAGUACUAAACGGGUAAACAAAAACCUCACCCCUGUUAGACCAGAUAGUACUCAUACGGUCAGAAAACCACAGCUCUCCCCCAACCUGUAAAAUAACUCAUACAGGUCAAGACACACACAGCUCUACACCUGUUAGACCAGAUAGUACUCAUACAGGUCAGACACACACAGCUCUACACCUGUUAGACCAGAUAGUACUCAUACAGGUCAGACACACAGCUCUACACCUGUUAGACCAGAUAGUACUCAUACAGGUCAGACACACACAGCUCUACACCUGUUAGACCAGAUAGUACUCAUCAGGUCAGAACACACACUCUACACCUGUAGACCAGAUAGUACUCAUACAGGUUCAGAACACACAGCUCUACACCUGUUAGACCAGAUAGUACUCAUACAGGUCAGACACACACAGCUCUACACCUGUUAGACCAGAUAGUACUCAUACAGGUCAGACACACACAGCUCUACACCUGUUAGACCAGAUAGUACUCAUACAGGUCAGACACACACAGCUCUACACCUGUUAGACCAGAUAGUACUCAUACAGGUCAGACACACACAGCUCUACACCUGUUAGACCAGAUAGUACUCAUACAGGUCAGACACACAGCUCUACAACCUGUUAGCCAGAUAGUACUCAUACAGUCGACACACCAGCUCUACAACCUGUUAACCAGAUAGUACGCCUACAGGUCAGACACAACAGCUCUACACCUGUUAGAACCCAGAUAGUACUCAUACAGUCGACAAACACACUCAAAACCCGUUAAGACCCAGAGUUCAACAGUCGACACACAAGCUCUACACCUUUUAGACCAAUAGUCUUUUAAAGCCAAAGUCAACCAGCCUUUUAAAAAAAAAACCAAAAAAACCCCUACACCUUUAACCAGAUGUACUUACGGGUCAGAAAAACACUCUCCUUUUAACCAGAUAGUACUCAUCAGGUCGAAAAACACAGCUCUACCCCUUUAGACCAGUAGUUUCAUACAGGCCCAGACCACACCUCUACACCUGUUGCCCAGUAUACUCAAAGGUCCCCAGCCCCAAAAAAACCUUUAGCAAAAACCCAAACUUUCAAAAAAAAACCCCAACAGGCCCCCCCCUUUUACAAGGUAAAAAAGCCAACAGUUCCCCCACCAAUUCUAAACUGCAAACCCCCUUUUAAAAAAAAUUUUUAGAAAGAAACCAAAGGUCCCCCUUCCCCCCGGAAAAAACCCAACGGCAACACCCCCCCCCUUUUACAGAUAUACCAUACAGGUUCCCCACCAAAAAACCUGUUGGGAAAGUACUACGGUAACCCAACUCUCACCUUUUAGCCCAAUAUACUCAACGGGUCAAACCCAACCCCCUUUUUAACAAAUUUAUUAAAACGGGGGGGCCAAGCUCUACACCUGUUAACCAGUAAAACCGGGGGCCCAAAAACCCACCGGGGGCUGCCCAAAAGGUCGAACCCACCCAAAGGAACCAAAGGGGCCUCGGGAAAAACCCCCCCCUUUUUAAACCUUUUAAACCAGUUUUUAAAGUGGGCACACCUCUACAACUUUUAGACCGAUAGUACUCACAGGAAACACCUCCCCCCUUUUGAACCAUAAACCCCCAACCCCCACUUUAAACCGUAGAAACAGGUCGACCCACACACCGGGAACCGUAGCCCAAAAAGGCGAAACACAAGCCAAACCGGCCCCCAGAAGUACUCAUGGCGCAAACACCUACCUUUAACCAGAAAACCAAAAGGGCGAACCCCCCCCCGGGAAAGGGGCCCGGGGAAAAAAAUUAACCGUAGACCCAAAACCCCAGCCCUUUAAACAAAAAACCCCGUAAACCCAGUUACCUUGGGGAAAACACAGCCACCUUUUAAAAGGAAAGAAAGUACUCUACGGUCAGACACCACCUACCCUUUUUAAAAUUAAUCAUAAGUCAGACAACCCCUCUCCCUUUUAAAAAUAUCAACAGCGAAAAAAAUUACCAGACCAAAAACAACAGUUCAAAAAACCCCCACCUUGCCCAAAAUUCUCAACGGGUAAACACAGCCUCCCCCGUUAAACCAAUAGUACUCUUUACGGGUCGAAAAAGCUCACACCUUUUUAGCCAAAAUCCAGGUUAGACCACACAGCUCACACCCCAGUUUAACUCAUGGUAACACACAGCUCUCCCCGUUAGCCAGAAAAUUAACAGGUCAGCCCAACCACUCUAACCUUUUAAAACCAAAACUAAAAGGGAACAAAACCCGGGGUCACACCCCCCCCAAAAAAUUUUAAAAAACAAAACCCCUACACCUUUUAGACCAAUGCCUUACAGGUCGACAAAAGUCUACACCUGUUAAACCAAUUUCCUACAGGUCAACAACGCUCUAAACUUUUAACCUUCUAUCAACUUCAGGCCAAACUCUAAAAUUUUAGACCAAAUUACCAACGGGUAGACAAAGCUAAACCCCUUUUAACCUUUUCAACGGUUAAACCAGCUCUACAUUGACCAAAGUCUAAACGGACCAAAAAAACCCCGUAGCAAAGUCUUUACGGAGCAAAAACCCUUUUUUUAACAAAGUUUUAAACGGGUCAGAAACACAGUUAAAACCACCUUUGCCAAAGCCCCACACACCCCAACCAGGAAAUAAUUAUCAUACAGCAGACACAACCCAAACCUUUGACCAGUUUAAAUACCAAAAACCCAAAAACCGUUCCCAAAAAAGAAACCCGGGGCCCAAACCAGCUCUACCCCUUUAACCAAUUACUUACAGGUCAACACAACCCCCAACCUAACCCCCGGGGCCCCCAAUUACUUUAAAAGGUCACCACCACACCUACCCCUUUCCCAAUAGUAAAAUCAAAACACACAUUUAAAAUUUAAAAAAAAAAAAAAAAAAAAAAAAAAAAAAAAAAAAAAAAAAAAAAAAAAAAAAAAAAAAAAAAAAAAAAAAAAAAAAAAAAAAAAAAAAAAAAAAAAAAAAAAAAAAAAAAAAAAAAAAAAAAAAAAAAAAAAAAAAAAAAAAAAAAAAAAAAAAAAAAAAAAAAAAAAAAAAAAAAAAAAAAAAAAAAAAAAAAAAAAAAAAAAAAAAAAAAAAAAAAAAAAAAAAAAAAAAAAAAAAAAAAAAAAAAAAAAAAAAAAAAAAAAAAAAAAAAAAAAAAAAAAAAAAAAAAAAAAAAAAAAAAAAAAAAAAAAAAAAAAAAAAAAAAAAAAAAAAAAAAAAAAAAAAAAAAAAAAAAAAAAAAAAAAAAAAAAAAAAAAAAAAAAAAAAAAAAAAAAAAAAAAAAAAAAAAAAAAAAAAAAAAAAAAAAAAAAAAAAAAAAAAAAAAAAAAAAAAAAAAAAAAAAAAAAAAAAAAAAAAAAAAAAAAAAAAAAAAAAAAAAAAAAAAAAAAAAAAAAAAAAAAAAAAAAAAAAAAAAAAAAAAAAAAAAAAAAAAAAAAAAAAAAAAAAAAAAAAAAAAAAAAAAAAAAAAAAAAAAAAAAAAAAAAAAAAAAAAAAAAAAAAAAAAAAAAAAAAAAAAAAAAAAAAAAAAAAAAAAAAAAAAAAAAAAAAAAAAAAAAAAAAAAAAAAAAAAAAAAAAAAAAAAAAAAAAAAAAAAAAAAAAAAAAAAAAAAAAAAAAAAACCCCCCCCCCCCCCCCCCCCCCCCCCCCCCCCCCCCCCCCCCCCCCCCCCCCCCCCCCCCCCCCCCCCCCCCCCCCCCCCCCCCCCCCCCCCCCCCCCCCCCCCCCCCCCCCCCCCCCCCCCCCCCCCCCCCCCCCCCCCCCCCCCCCCCCCCCCCCCCCCCCCCCCCCCCCCCCCCCCCCCCCCCCCCCCCCCCCCCCCCCCCCCCCCCCCCCCCCCCCCCCCCCCCCCCCCCCCCCCCCCCCCCCCCCCCCCCCCCCCCCCCCCCCCCCCCCCCCCCCCCCCCCCCCCCCCCCCCCCCCCCCCCCCCCCCCCCCCCCCCCCCCCCCCCCCCCCCCCCCCCCCCCCCCCCCCCCCCCCCCCCCCCCCCCCCCCCCCCCCCCCCCCCCCCCCCCCCCCCCCCCCCCCCCCCCCCCCCCCCCCCCCCCCCCCCCCCCCCCCCCCCCCCCCCCCCCCCCCCCCCCCCCCCCCCCCCCCCCCCCCCCCCCCCCCCCCCCCCCCCCCCCCCCCCCCCCCCCCCCCCCCCCCCCCCCCCCCCCCCCCCCCCCCCCCCCCCCCCCCCCCCCCCCCCCCCCCCCCCCCCCCCCCCCCCCCCCCCCCCCCCCCCCCCCCCCCCCCCCCCCCCCCCCCCCCCCCCCCCCCCCCCCCCCCCCCCCCCCCCCCCCCCCCCCCCCCCCCCCCCCCCCCCCCCAGCUCAAAACCUUUUAAAACCGGAUGUCUCUACAGGUCAAAACACACAUUUUCUCACCUGUUUUUAGACCAGAUAGUACUCUAAAGGUCGGGCCCCCAACAGCUUCUAAAAACCUUUUUAGACCAAUAGACUCAUACAGGUCAGAAACAGCUCUACACCUGUUAGACCGAUAGUACCCAAAAGGGCCCGACACAAAAGCUCACCCCUUUUUGGGCCCAGAUAUUACUCAUACAGGUCAGAACACAAACCCUUUUUCCACCUGUUAGACCAGAUAGUACUAAUUUUUUUUGUAAAAAAGGUCCGGACAAAACCAGCUCAACACCUUUUAGACCAGUAUACUCAUAAGGUCGGGACAAAAACACUCUAAAAACUUUUAGACCAGAUAGUACUCAUCCCAGGUCAGAAAAACACACAGCUUUUACAACCUGUUAGCCCAGAAUAUUUAAAAGGUCAAAAACACAGCUCUACACCUGUUAGACCAGAAAAUUACUAUACGGUCGGGACACACACGCUCAAAACACCUGUUAAAACCAGAUAGUACUCAUAAGGUCAAAACACCCCAAGUUUCCCCAACCUUUUGCCCCAAUGUACUCAUCCCGGUCGGGCCCACCAAAAAGGUUUCUAAACCUGUUAGAAAUAGUACCAUACAGGUAGACACACAAUCUACCCCUGUUAAAACCGAUUACUCUAAAGGUAGACAAAAACUUACACCGUUAGACCAAGAAACUCAUACAGGUCAGACACAAAAGCUCAAACACCUUUUAAAACCAGAUGUACUAUACAGGUAGACCCCCAACGCUCUAAAAACUUUUUGAACCAAAAUAGUACUCAUACAGGUCAGACACCCCAAGCUCUAAAACCUGUUAGAAAAGAUAGUACUCAUACAGGCCCGACCACACAGCUCUCCCCCUUUUUGGGGCCCCAGAUAUACCAAAACGGGUCGGAACUUUUCCCCGCCUACACCGGGUAAAACCAAGAUUCUCUACGGGGAAGACAACCAGCUCUACACCGGUUGGCCCAGAUGUAUCAUCCCGGUUUAAACCCCCACCUACCCCUGUUAGCCCAAAAAGUACUCAAAGGUCGACAAAGCUCUACACCCUUUUUUAACCCAGUAUUCCCUCAUACAGGCCCAGACACACGUUCACUUUUAGACCAGAUGUACUAAUAUAGGAAAAAAAGGGGAAAAACAGUCACCACCUGUUAGACCGGGAUGAUAUACUCAAAAGGUUUUUUUUUUAAAAAAAUGGGGGGGGGAACCCCAAAAAACCCAGUAAACCCCCCUCAAUGUUAGCCCCGGGGAUAGUAUUUAAAAACGGGUUCGACAAAGCUCACCCCUUUUAGCCCGAUAGUACCAACGGGCCCGACCAAGCUCUACCCCCUGUUGGGACCAGAUAGUAUUUCAUACAGGCCCGGGACACCCCACCCCUCUACACCUUUGGGAACCAGAUAGAAACUCUACAGGUCAACCCAAAAGUUUAAAACCCCUUUUUAAAACCAGAUGUACUCCUAACAGGUCAAAACAACAAAGCUCUACCCCUUUUGGGAACCAGAUAGUACCUAAGGUCAGCAACAGCUUUUACACCUGUUAGACCAGUUUAAAACUCUAAGGUCAGACAACAGCUCUACACCUGUUGGACCAGAUAGACCUUUACAGGUCAGAAAAACCAGCUCUAAAACCUUUUUUAAAAACCAGAUAGUACUCAUCAGGGCAGAAAACAGCUCUACACCUUUUAGACCAGAUAUUUAUCAUACAGGUCAACACAAAAGCUCUAAACCCUUUUUGGACCAAUAUACUCAUAAAGGUCGGGAAAACAAACACUCACCCCUUUUAGACCAGAUAGAAAUCAAAAAGGGUCGGAAACACAGCUCUACACAUGUUAGCCCAAUUAGUACUCUUUCCCCAGGUCAAAAAACCCAACACCACAGCUCUACACCUUUUAGACCGAUAGAAAUUUCUUUACGGUAAGACCCCAAAAGCUCUCCCAAAACCUUUUAGAAAAAAAUAGAUAUCUUUACAUUUUCCAGGACAACGUUUUAAACCCCUGUUAAAACCAGAUAGUACCUUACAGGUCAGCCCCAAAAGCUCACACCUUUUAGCCCCAAAAGGUAUGUACAGGCCCAGACAAAAAGCUUACACCCUUUUGGGACCAGAUAGUACUCUUACGGGGCAGCCCAAAAAGUUUUCACACCUGUUAACCAGAUAGUCCCUAAUACAGGUAGACAAAAAGUUUCAAAACCCCGGUUUAAAAACCAGUUUAGUACCAACGGCAGCCCAAAAGCUUCAACACCUGUUAAAACCGGGAAUAUUUACUCAAAAAGGUCAGAAAAAACAUUCUAAAACCUUUUAAACCCCAGAUAGUACUCAUACAGGUAAGACCAAAAAGCUCACAAAAUGUUAGCCCAAAUAUUACUCUACAGGUCAGACACACACAGCUCUCACCUUUUUAGACCAAUAGUACCAAAACGGGCCCGACACACCACAGCUCUACACCUGUUAGCCAGAUGGUACUCAUACAGGUCAAACACACCACAGCUCCUUACACCUGUUAGAACCAGAUAGUUCAGCUCGUUACAGGUCAGACACACACAGCUCUACACCUGUUAGACCAGAUAGUACUCAUACAGGUCAGACACACACAGCUCUACACCUGUUAGACCAGAUAGUACUCAUACAGGUCAGACACACAGCUCUACACCUGUUAGACCAGAUAGUACUCAUACAGGUCAGACACACCAGCUCUACACCUGUUAGACCAGAUAGUACUCGUUACAGGUCGGACCACCACAGCUUCUUACACCUGCUUAGACCAGUAGUACAUCAUACAGGUCAGACACACAGCUCUACAACAUGUUAGACCAGAUAGUACUCAUUUACAGGUCAGACACACGCUCUACACCUUUUAGACCAGAUAGUACUCAUACAGGUCAGACCACACAGCUCUACACCUGUUUAGACCAGAUCGUACUCAAUACAGGUCAGACACAGAUCUACACCUUUAGACCAGAUAGUACUCAUACAGGUCAGACACACACAGCUCUAACCUGUUAGACCAGAUGUACUCAUACAGGUUCAGGACACACACAGCUCUACACCUGUUAGACCAGAUAGUACUCAUACAGGUCAGACACAGCUCUACACCUGUUAGACCAGAUAGUACUCGUACAGGUCUGACGGUUGACCAAAUGUCACACACACCCUGAAAAAUAUCAAGCUGAGCAGAUCUUCCAUUCUCUCCUCCUGCAGGUCCCUCGGUCCAAGUGGGAGAAGGAGGACUAUGAAUCAGAGGAAGAGGAAGGAGGAGGGGUCAGGGUUCAACUCCGCCCCCUGCUCAACCCCUCUCUCCCUUUCCCCCCUGGACCCCACAUCACCGUGACAACAGAGACCGCGGCAGGGCGAGCGAAAGAGAGGGACCGUACCUUUCCCAAGCCAGAGAGAACUCUGUCCCCCUCUAGUGGCAGAGACGGAGAAGACAGCCUGCAGGAUGGAAAACACUCCAAAGACCACAUAGCUACUGAGAAAGACAGAGCGAUGGAGGGAGAGAGGGAGCGGUUAAAGGAGAUGGAGGGAGAGAGGGAGCGGUUAAAGGACCGGGAGAGAGAGAGGGAGCAGUUAAAGGAGCGGGAGAGGGAGCGGUUAAAGGACCGGGAGAGAGAGAGGGAGCGGUUAAAGGAGAUGGAGGGAGAGAGGGAGCGGUUAAAGGAGUGGGAGAGAGAGAGGGGGAAAGAGAGAGAAAGAGAGAGGCAGCACAGCCGCGCUUCUGACAAAGAGAUGGACAGACCUUCCUCUCAGCGGCCGGAGCGAGAGAGGAGAGAGAGAGAACGAGAGAGGACUUGGCGGAGAGGGAGCGACCACGGCAGUGAAAAGAGCUCCUCUUCCUCCUCACACUCUUUCUCACGCGACCGUAAACCCUCUUCUUCCAGGGACCACAACUCAACCUCUGACCCCAGAGCCAGAGAGCACAGAGACCACAAACAGAGAGACCACCUCCACCACAAACGUAAAGACAGCAAAGACCAGAACUCCUCCACCGUUGACCGUAACACAAACUCUACUGACCGCAGGCAGAGAGACCACCUCGACCACAAACAUAAAGACAGCAAAGACCAGAACUCCUCCACCGUUGACCGUAACACAAACUCUACUGACCGCAGACCACCAGACGACCAAGAGACCACCAGAGAGCAGAGAGACAACCCCAAACACAAAGACCACAGAGACCACCUCACCGACUGCAGACAACCAGACCACGGAAAGCUAGGCAGUGCCUCUCCGCCCUCCAAGAGAGACCCACCCCCAUCUGACCCCUCCUCCUCCACCAGCACCCAGAGAGAUCAGGGAGGGUCUGAGCCCACCAGGCCCAGUGAGAGCAGCCCUGGCAGGGACACGACGCAGGACAUAUACCCCUCUCUUCCAGUCUCCAGCUCCAUGGAGAACCAGCCCAGGAGAGGGGAGGCUGAGGGAGAGGAACCCAGAGCAGAGCGCUCCUCAACGGGGAGGGAGAGCCAGCAGGCCAGCCUAGGCACCCUAGAGAAGGAGAUGAGUGGUGGAAAGUCCCCCAUACAGCCCCCCAGGACUGACAACAGGGCAGGGGUACCCCGAGCUGUCAGAGAGAGAGAAAGAAAGAAGGAGAGAGAGGGGGAGAUGCAAAGGAUGAGAGAGAAGGAGAGGGAGAAGGAGAGGGAGAGGGAGAGAGGGGUGCAGAAGGAGAGAGAGAGGGAGCACCCUAAAGUCAGACCUCCUCCCUCUGUCACUUCUUCCAGAUCUCCUCUCUCUGUCCCUUCUUCCAGAUCUCCUCUCUCUGUCCUUUCUUCCAGAUCUCCUCCCUCUGUCCCUUCUUCCAGACCUCCUCCUGACCUGGCCAGAGAGACUGAUGAAGCGGCCUUCGAACCUGACUACAGCGAGGGAGAGAUCUCAGAGGGGGAGGACAGGGGGGAGGAGGAGGAGGAGGAGGAGGGAGAGAAAAAAGUGUCCGGACAGAGAGCGGCGUCGGGAGAGAGAGAGGCGUCGGGAGAGAGAGCGGCGUCGGGACAGAGAGCGGCGUCGGGAGAGAGAGCGGCGUCGGGACAGAGAGCGGCGUCGGGACAGAGAGCGGUGGUUGGGGGCAGCAGCAGCAGAAGUCGUAGCAGCAGCUCCAGCUCUGGCGGUAGCCUGGGCAACAAGAAAGACAAGAAGAAGAAGAAGGAGAAAAAGGAGAAGAAGAAACGGAAGAAGAAGAAGAAGGAGAAAAAGCAGAAGAGACAGGCGAGCCUGGAGGCUGAGGAGGGAGAGAUCACAGGACUGAAACACAAGAAGAAGAAGAAGAAGGAGAAGGAGGACGAGGAGCUGGGGAGAGAAGAAGGCCCGAAUUGCUAG